GUGUGUGUGUGUGUGUGUGUGUGUGUGUGUGUCAGUGACAUACAGAUGCUGCAACAGAGAUAUUCUGAUGAAGGUCUUUGAGCACUUCAAACUCGUUCCUGUCUUACAAGAAGUUGACUGCAAAGAAAAUGAGUUACAAUCUACACAGAGCAGGUUCCCAUGAUUAGCCCUCAGUAUGAAGGCACGGUUGAUCAUUUGGACUAGAAAGCUGAGUGCUGACAUUUCUGACGUUAGUGGAGACUGACACUGUGAUAAAGAGUAGCUGUUCACUAGCAGGAUGGGUUGCAUUUGCAGUGGUGAGAAUAAACAUAAAGAAAGACAGCACGCAAAUCACAUUUCAGCCACCAAUAACUCACAUCAAAGAGCACAUGCACAGAGGGGGUCAAACUACGAUGAAGAUAUUGUCAUUGCCCAACAUGAUUUCAACCCAACCAACGAGAACGACCUUCCAUUUACGAAAGGAGAGAAACUCAAGAUCAUACAUGAGAAUGGGGACUGGUGGUUGGCUAAAUCUUUGGAUAGUGGAAAUGAAGGAUACAUCCCAUGCACGUAUGUUGCCCGAGCCCAGACGCUGGAAGUUGAAAAUUGGUUUUUUAAAAAUUUGAGCCGUCGAGAGACAGAGCGUCUUCUGCUAGCUCCGGGGAACAGGGUCGGAUCAUUUAUUGUCAGAGAGAGCGAGACAACUCCAGGUGCUUUCUCCCUGUCUGUAAGAGAUUUGGCACCAGAGCACGGUGAUGUGGUCAAGCACUAUAAGAUCCGGACGCUUGAUAAAGGGGGAUACUACAUCUCCCCCUCCCUGACCUUCUCAUCUAUGCAGGAACUGAUACAACACUACUCCAGAUCAGCAGAUGGUUUGUGUCAGAGACUGGGAAGCCCCUGUAGGUCUUCUGCUCCUCAGAGUCCCUGGGCUCAGGAUGAGUGGGAGAUCCCAAGGGAAACAUUAAAGAUGGUGAAUAAGUUGGGUGCUGGCCAAUUUGGAGAAGUCUGGAUGGGUUACUACAAAAACAACAAGAAGGUGGCCAUUAAGACUCUAAAACCAGGCAGCAUGGAGCCAGAGGCCUUCCUGCAGGAGGCUAAUCUCAUGAAGAAGCUGCAGCAUGAGCGACUUGUUAAACUGUACGCUGUAGUCACAAAGGAGCCCAUCCUCAUAGUCACAGAGUACAUGGCAAAUGGGAGCUUGUUAGACUUUCUGAAAACUGAGGAUGGCCGAAAACUAAAACUGCCCAAGUUGAUAGAUAUGGCAGCUCAGGUUUCAGAGGGUAUGGCCUAUAUAGAAAGAAAAAACUACAUUCACAGAGACCUUCGAGCUGCCAAUAUAUUAGUCUCAGAAACCCUGCACUGUAAAAUAGCUGACUUUGGCCUGGCACGGAUUAUAGAGUCUGAGUACACAGCACAGGAAGGGGCAAAGUUUCCAAUUAAGUGGACAGCUCCAGAAGCGAUCAAUUUUGGAACAUUCAGCAUCAAAUCAGAUGUCUGGUCCUUUGGCAUUCUCAUGACUGAGAUAGUAACCUAUGGACGAGUGCCUUAUCCAGGAAUGACAAAUCCAGAGGUGAUUCGUAACCUGGACAAGAUGUACAGAAUGCCAUGUCCAGAUGACUGUCCUGAAGAACUCUACACCAUAAUGUUGGCAUGUUGGAGAGAAAAAUCAGAGGACAGACCCACAUUUGAGUACCUGCAAGACACACUCAAUGACUACUACAUUGCCACCGAGGGCCAGUAUGAGCUGCAGCCUUAGCUCUCGUAUCCACUCCAAACAUGGUUUGGAAAAAUGGAUAGGAUACAAGGACAUACGAGGUAGUAACUGAUGAAAUGGACAGACCACUUUCAAGAUAUAAAGUAAAACACACGUUCUGUAGCUGGCUGAAUUUAUUACUGUUAUUGUACUGUAAAUAUCUCUAAGGAAUCAGUCAGUGACAUUCAACUAAUUAUACUGGAUCCCUGAAUUCACAUGGAAAAUUAUGGAACAUUUUGGAAUCAAGGUUUUCAUGCAUGUGAUAUAACAUCUGAACCAGGACAUACAGUACUGUAGAGUUUAGUGAUAUGUAUAAUACGUCAUUCCUGUUAAGGAAAACCUUAAGGAACGCAAUUCUUUAAUGGCUCUACCUUUGGGACAGUAUUCACCUACUGUGCUACAAGCUCAAAGUGAUACGUCACAUUUGCACUCAAAUUAGCAUUUGUUAUGUAAAACCUGAGAUUUUAUAUACAUGUAUACAUUUAGCGCAUUUCAAUAUAAUUGCUGUGUCCUUUUUCUAGUGAAAUGUAUUAAUAUGUAUUAAAUGAAAAAACACAAACCUGA